AUGGCGACGGGGACACCUCCACCAGUAUCCAACGCUACACAGUCUGGUGAAGCUGCCCGUAAAAAGCAAACGGCUUUGGACCUGCAAAAACAACAACUGGAGAAGCUAAUGAAGGAUCCCACAAAACUAGUCAACCUCCCAGCUCCCCCCAAAGAGAAAACAGUUAGACCUCCACGGGAGAUGAUGAAGAAUGUACAAGGCUCCAGCGCAGGCAUGUGUGCUGGGAGUGGUGAAUUCCAUGUCUACAAACAGAGUCGAAGACGGGAGUACGAACGGCUUAAGAUAAUGGAGGAAGCCUCAAAGAAGGAACAAGAGGCUGCAGAAUUUGAGGCAAAAAAACGAGAGCGAGAAGAACAGAGUGAAGCCAAAACCGCCAAAAACCGGGCCAGGCGUCAAAAAAAGAAGAACCGAGCUAUGGGAAAGGGUGGAGUCCAGGACGGCACGAAUGGGAACAGCGAGGAUCCCACUAAACGUCGCAGGUUGGCCGCUGAUGGUGCCAAUGUUGUCUUCCGAAGACCCGGUGAAUCGAGCGAUGAAGAAGACGAGCAUGGUCCUACUCCUGCUAUACCUCAGCCUACUAGUGUCGAAGAUUCCGGCCUCCCCACACUUCCGCCCGAUGUCAAAGUCGCGGAACCAACUCAAAUUAUUAUUCACGACGAUUAG